AUAAUAUUAAACAAUUUUUAAAUAUGAUUAUAAAAAUACAAUUUCAACAAUAAUUAAUAAUUCUUCAAAUAGAGAAAAUAUUGAAAAUAUGCAAUUAAUAAUUAUUUAGAACAAAACGACAUCGAUGUAUAUAUAUAUAUAUACAAUCGUUAUAUUAUUUAAUUGUUUUUUUUUAUUAAUGUUUAAAUCUAAAUAUGGACGUAUAUUAAUUCAAUUAGGUUAUAAGUACAUUUUAUGGAAUUAUAACUAUGUCAAUUAUUUUUUAUAAAUUGCAAAUAUUAUAAAACUUAGAUACAUUAAAUAACAAUUUAUAAUAUAAAAUUUAAAUACGUUAAAUAAAAAAAUGAAGGCUUGGAAAGAAUCUGUAAGUUUAAUAUUAACGGCACGUCAAAAAUAUAUUCGUUCAUCACUGACAAAUUUUCAGUAUAAUUAUAAUCUAUUAUGCCUAAAACGUCAUCAAAAUUCAAAAUUUUUACCGAGUACAUAUGUAUUUCCUGGAGGAAUAAUAGAUCCGUCCGAUGCUGAUUUAAAAUGGCAUGAUCUUUUUACUACCUUCGGUUUUGAUACUAAUAGUUUUACAUCUUUGACUCCAAAUACUUCUAUUCGUCCUCAAAUUUUCCAAUUCAAAUCGAAUGAAUUACCAAAAGAAAUUUCUUUACGCAUUACUGCAAUUCGUGAAACCUUUGAAGAAUGUGGUAUACUUAUUUGCAAACAAUCUCGAGAAGAUACUUUUGGUUGGGCACAGAACAUAAAAAUUUCUAAAAGUGAAUUGCAUAAUUGGCAAACAAGAGUGCAUAAUGAUGCUAGAGAAUUUUAUACAUUGUGUGAAAAUUUUAAUUGUUAUCCAGAUUUAUGGUCUCUUUAUGAAUGGAGUAAUUGGUUAACACCGACUUACUUUACUGGACGACGUUAUAACACUGCUUUUUAUUUAGCUUGUAUUUCUUCUCUACCUCAAACUUUUCAUGAACCAACAGAAAUAGAAGAUUUGAAAUGGGAUAUGCCUGGAAAUUUUUUAUUUUCAACUCCAAAAAUUGCAUUUCCACCACCACAACAAUAUGAAAUUGCAAGAAUAGCAAAGUUUGAAAGUAUAGACAAUUUGUUGGAUUUUGCAAUUGAAAGGAGUAAAAUAGGAGUGCUCUUAAAUCUACCAGUAAAGGUAGAAUUGUUGGAUGGGAUUGUACAUGUUUUACCAGGAGAUUCAAUGUAUCCGAAUCAAGUUAAUUUUCUUGACAAACAAAUUAUUAAUAGAAAUGAUAUUACUAUUCAUGAAUUUCGAGCUAUAUCUCCUAUAAAAAAUAGAAUGGAAUUUUUCAAUAUUCAAGUGAAAGAACUUUAUGUACAAAAUUUUGAUAGUGCCGAUGGCCAUUUAGCGCCUCUUCAAUUGAAAAAUAUUUCUACUGCAAUAGUACAUAAACAUAUCAAACCAUAAUAGAUGAUGUAUAGUAGUAUCUUUUUAAUAUAUAUAUAUGUACUGUUUUAUUGUAUAUUAUAUUAUAAUCAAGAAUUCAUUUUAUCAAAAGAUAUUGAUGAAUUAUAUACUAAGUUUUAAUAAAUAUAUAUUGAUAUUAUUUUUCAAAAAAAAAAAAAACUAAUAUAUGUAUACUUACAUAUAAAUAGUAUAUAAAUCGUUAAACUAUUUUUGUAAGAAAAUAGCGGGAAAAAAGCGCGGGAAAGAUAGUAUGAUAGUAAUGGCGGCUUAAGUUUCUUGUGAAAUACUAAAUUUUUUACAUUCAAAAUAUGUUGGCAAUAGUUGUAUAUACAUAAAUAAAUUAAUAUUAAGUAGA